AGCUCCAGCUCAAGCCCGAGGCGACGGGAGCCCGGUUGGAGCCGCGGCAACCGGAGCAGCAGGAAUUGCCACCGCAUCUCCAUCGUCACCCGUGCCCCUGCUUGCUGGCGGUGGCUGUGAGUGCCGUGGCCAGCCUGUGCCUGGCUGGUGGGUAGCCGGCGCCAUGGCCACUCCAGAGCCCCUGCGGCCUCGCCUGUGUUGCCUGGUGCGUGGCGAGCACGGCUACGGCUUCCACCUGCACGGCGAGAAGGGUCGUCGCGGGCAGUUCAUUCGCCGCGUGGAGCCAGGCUCCCCGGCCGAGGCGGCAGAGCUGCGCGCGGGGGACCGCCUGGUCGAGGUCAACGGCGUCAACGUGGAGGGCGAAACGCAUCACCAGGUGGUGCAGAGGAUCAAGGCUGUGGAAGGGCAGACCCGGCUGCUGGUGGUAGACAAGGAGACGGACGAGGAGCUGCGCCGGCGGCAGCUGACCUGCACUGAGGAGAUGGCCCAGCAAGGUCUUCCACCUGCCCAUGACCUCUGGGAGCCAAAGCCGGUCUGGACACAUGCAGGCAGCCUUGGCUCCAAGGAUGGCCAGAAGGAUGUCAAUGGGCCUGCAAGGGAGCUUCGUCCCAGGCUCUGCCACCUGGUAAAGGGCCCCCAGGGCUACGGGUUCAACCUGCACAGUGACAAGUCCCGGCCAGGACAGUACAUUCGCUCGGUGGACCUGGGCUCGCCCGCCGCCCACUCUGGCCUCCGUGCCCAGGAUCGACUCAUCGAGGUGAAUGGGCAGAAUGUGGAGGGGCUGCGCCACGCAGAGGUGGUCGCCAGCAUCAAGGCGCGGGAGGAUGAGGCCCGGCUACUGGUAGUGGACCCUGAAACAGACGAACACUUCAAGAGGCUGCGGGUCACACCCACCGAGGAGCAUGUGGAAGGUCCACUGCCGUCACCAGUCACCAAUGGGACCAGCCCUGCACAGCUCAAUGGUGUCUCAGCGUGUUCAUCCCGAAGCGAUCUACCUGGCUUAGACAAGGACAAUGAGGAUGGCAGCACCUGGAAGCACGACCCAUUUCAGGAGAGUGGCCUCCACCUGAGCCCCACAGCGGCUGAGGCCAAGGAGAAGGCGAGAGCCACCCGGGUCAACAAGCGGGCGCCGCAGAUGGACUGGAAUAGGAAGCGUGAGAUCUUCAGCAACUUCUGAGUCCCUCCCUACCCAUUUGCUGGACCUGGGCCUCUUCCCUGCAUGGACUUUGGGUCUCACCCCUUGGGUCCAGACCAGAGUUCCCCAAGCCUCAGUGGACUGGAGGAGGUGCAUCCUCACUCCCAGAAGCCAUGGUGGUCCCACCA